AUGGUCUGUCUGGCAAACUCAAAAACCAAUCCAUCUGUGGGGUUUCAGCAUGUAGCUAUCCCCACCCAGAGCGUCUAUGUGUCUGGCAAACUCAAAAACCAAUCCAUCUGUGAGGUUUCAAUAUGCAGCUAUCCCCACUCAGCGCGUCUAUGUGUCUGGCAAAAACCAAUGCAUCUGUGAGGUUUCAGUAUGCAGCUAUCCUCACUCAACACGUCUAGGUGUCUCGCAAUCUCCAAUACAAAUAACCUGUGAGGUUCAGUAUGUGUCUAUCCUCAUUCAACGCGUCCAUGUUUCCGGCACUCCAACAUCACUCAACCCGUGGGCAGCUAUCCCCACGCAACCCGUCUAUGUGUCUGGCAAUCUAAAACCUCCCCUUUCCGUGGGGUUUCAGUAUACAGCUAUAAUCACUCAAGACGUCUAUGUGUCCGGCAACCUCCUACAUCACUCAACCUAUGAGGUUUCCGUAAGCAAUCCUCACUUCACGCAUCCAUGCGUCACGCGUCUUUGGUAGCGCAUACUAUGGGG